AUGGAAGAGGAUGAGAAAGUCGUCAACGCCGCCCAUCGAGCCGGCGUCGAGAUCGAAUCCGUCAAGAAAUCAAAUGCUGAAGUUUUGCAAAAUGGUGGGUCUCAUGAUACUACAGCUCCCGCGAAUCAUUCACAUGAUGAUUCUAAGAGUUCUUUGGCACCCCAGAAGCUGUUGUACUUGUUGGAAUAUGCAAGGAAGGAUUUGAAACUAGUGAGAAUAGCAGUGCCAAUUAGAGAUAUGGAGAGGAAGAAUUUGUUGGAUUACCUAGACACAAGUCUUGGUUUCAUUUGUCAAAGUAGAAAAGAGGGAUCUAUUUUGGUGCAUUGCUUUGCUGGAGUGUCAAGAAGUGAGGCUAUAAUUAUGGCAUAUUUGAUGAGAAUCCAGCAACUAUCUCAAGAAGGUGCCCUUGAAUCUCUAAAGCUAAGUUACGAGUUUGUGUGCCCUAAUGAUGGGUUUUUAGAGCAUAUGAAAAUGUUAGAAGAAAUGGGUACACUGGAGACCAAUGAUGUUGUUUCUGCAUAG